CCCAAUCAAUUCUUCAAGCUACUUCCUGCAUUUUUUUUAAUGCAUCCUUCCUUCUAGUGAAUCUAGAAAAAAAUGAAAAACAAGAAUCCAAGUGAAGGGCGAACUUACAAUAGGAUUCUGAACAUUUGAAGAACACAUUUUUACAACGCUUGCCACAGUAGUUGCAUUCAAAGUAGUCAAAAUCUUCCUUCACAAAGGUAAGAGGGUGUGGAUGAAAAUCAUAUGUGGAAGUCAACCGAAGCUUCACAUAUGGGGAUCUCCCGAGAACACAAGAGGGAUGCACGGAAUAGUCGCAAAUAUCACAGUGAUAAAACCAGUGAUUUGCGUCUCUUGGUUCCUCACAUAUCUCACAAAAACAUUGAUCCACAACAAGAUCAUCAUGAUAAGUGAGUGCAAGAGGAUGUUCAUCAUACUUGUGCCAGGUUAUACGCGGCAACACAACACAACCAUAGCACAAGGCAAAAUCACCAUCCUUGCAUCUAAAACAACCAAUUCCAGUUUCACAGCUACUGCAGUUCCUGUCAUAGUUGCGGUCAUAGAAAAGAUGCUGCACUUGUCCUUGAGUUGGGAGGUAGUCAGGAACUUCAAAGCAUCUGAUGCACACGAUUCCAUAAUUUCUGGUGUAGCCAAACCCACUGCAGAAAAAGUAACACCAGUCACAGAAAAAAUGGUGGCUAUAAUGGAGAGUUAGUGUGGUUUUCAAACGCCAAUGUCUUGUCUUUCUUGGUAACUCAGCACAGUGCUUGUGAAGGGAAUAAUCACAUUCAGUA